UUUGUGUUUUCGCUUGAUAGUUCAUCAACAAGUGUGUAUUGUUGUGCAAAUUGGUUUCAUUGAAUUCAUCCGAUUUUAAUUGGAACUUUUGUUUGUUUGGUGUGUUCAUCACUCUAUCGAAGAAAAAAAGAGAUCAGCAAUGGCUCGUUAUUUCAAAGAACAAGACAUCGAUGAGUUUCGUGAGUGCUUUUAUCUGUUCGCUCGUUCCGGUCAAAUAACCACACUCGAUGAAUUAACGGUUAUAAUGCGUUCGCUUGGCUUAUCGCCAACAAUUAAGGAACUAACACGAUACUUACGCAAGAAAAAUGGCCGAAUGAGUUUUGCCGAUUUCCUCGAUGUAAUGCAUCAACAUUCAAAGGUGGAAAAUCUACCGGAUGAAGUGAUCGAUGCAUUCAAAGCGGCCGAUUUGGAUAAUAAAGGAACCAUACCAGCGAAACAAUUACGACACUUGUUGCAAAAUUGGGGCGAAGGUUUAUCGAUCCGUGAAAUUGAUAAUAUUUUCCGUGAGGCAAAUGUUCAAAAUAAUGGUUCGGUGCAUUAUAGUGAUUUUGUUAAAAUUGCAUGCGCCCCAGUGCCCGAUUACUACUGAAAACAUAUGUGUGUGUGUGUGUGAAAUGAAUCAAUACAUUUCUGUAUUAUCUAGAAUGGACAGUAUGAUUUUAAAUCGCCUUUAUUCAAUUUAGUAUGCAUUUGUUUUUUUUUAUUCAGUCUGAAGAUGUGUGUGAGUGGGAGUGUGUGUUUGAUUUAUUCAAUUCUUAUAAUUAGAAUCAUUUAGUAUGAUCUACAAUCGCAGUAUAUUUGAUCAUAUUUUUUUUUUGCUACGGUGAAUUUCAACUGAUUUGAGUUUUGCCUUAGAAGAGUUCUGGUUCUUUUUAAUGAGUUACUGCCUGAUAAUAAUAUCAAAUAGUUAAUUCUAAAUAGAUGGUUAUAAUUAUAUUUUUUGUGUUGCGUAAAAAUGUCUAGUUUUCUUACUUUCAAUUUCUUUCGCUCUUUUGUGAUUAAAUAUAUUCCGUUUUGUUUUUAAAUGUACUAAGUACUUAAUAUUUUUCAAAGAGAAUGAAAAAUCCGGUUUUCAUGCAAUGAUUUUUUUUAUAUAAACUAUUCAAAAUUAUUACCAUCUAUUUUAUUAUGAAAGAUAGCUUUAGAUUUGAAGUAAUGAGCAAUCGAUUUUAGAGCCAUUUGAGAUAGAAAAAAAUUGACUUGGUUUUUGCAUGUAUUUUUUUUUUCUUAAAAAAGACGAAAUUUUAUGUGGAGCUUGGCUCAAUGAUGAAUAAAGAACUAAAUUACAAAAUGAAA